UUACAGCACUUAGGACAAUUAUAGGUGUCUUUCUUCGAAAUCUGAAAUCAGUUGAAAUCACAAUCCAGGGAAUUAAGCUAAAUCCUCUCUGAUAAAGAUUCUUGAAACAAAAGCCCUUGCUAUCUAUUAAAAUUUAGUUAGUAGGGAACUUGCUAUUUGUCCAAGGCUUUCACUCUGUUUCGCCAUGGCUAUCAGCUUUAAAUUGUGAUCAAUGGAUACUAAUUAGGAGCCCAUUUUCGAAGUGUUUUGACAUUGCAAUGUUUUCGAGAGUCGGGAACUCGUUUGAAGUCAAAACAAAUUCCAAGAAAGGCCUCAUCACUCAGGUGGCAGCAUUCUCCUCAGGACUGAGAGAUUGUUUUUAAAGUGAAGACCGUCCCAGAUCUCUGGGCUUAUUUAUUUGAUUUAUCCGAAAGUCGCAAGCCAUUUGCUCUAUGCUUCCUACUGUUUUAGCCCGAGCAAAGACUUUCCGUGUGUACAAGUGGGACAACUAUAGAGACAUGUUUAUCAUCAGAUCCAAAACUCCAUCAUCAUGAUGAUGAUCAUCAACUUCAUCCGCUUCUUUCCGAACUUCAUGGGAAAGCAUAUUAUCGCAGACCUCUGAAUUUGACUGCCCAUCGUUUGAAUUGGCGUCAAAGGCAAACAGGACAGACACAUUUUUUCCAUCUUCGAUUCACGAUCGUCGAGGCAAGAAAAGUCAAACUUGUCCCAGAAUGUGAGUAGAAUGGACGCGUAUAAGGUUUCAAACGAGACUCUGGAUGAGUUAUUAGACAAACCCGCUGACAUUAGCGUCAACUUAUACAUCUACAUUGUGCCGAUUUUCAUCUUGGCAUGCUUGAUCACCUUUUUCAUGAACUUGAUCGUCAUUCUGGCCAUUCCCAUGAUCUCUCAUGUAUCUCGGAUGACGAAACCAUACCUGAUAUUUGUGCUUUCCUUGGUGAUUUCGGAUGCUUUUGCAUCGCUUCUCCUAGGCUUUCAACUUCUUAUGGGCUCCUAUCUCCCGAUCGUUCAUGGAACAUAUUGGAACACAUGCUUAUUACUGAUCUCUGAGGGCCUGAAAUUGGCUGGCGUCAUUGUCACGGUGUUCCAUCUCCUGGUCAUGGUGAUGAUCCACUUAGCUGGAGUUCUAAACCCAGUCAAGUUCAAGGAGUUCCUCACUCAAACCGUGGCCAAAACAAGUGUGUGCAUUUUGUGGUUUGUUCCAUUUGCCGGCAUAUUAGUGUCUUUCUCCGCUCUUCCGGAACAAGGGUUUCGGUCUCAAAAUUGCGAGGAACAUCAAUUCCUCAGUGAAAUAACGUUUAGAUCUGUGUUUAGUGGCCUCAUCGUGUUCCCAACCAUUGCCAUUCUCUUGCUCUACGGGUACUUCCACUCCAUUCUAUGGCAGAGACAGACCUCAGUGAGUUCCAUUUCGCGACAGAACAUCCGAGCGUCCAAGAUCACGUUCCUCAUUAUGUUCACAUGUACCCUGGGCUGGAUCCCGGCAGUGGCCAACACGCUUCUCAUUUGCUCUGAAGGGUGUCGCUUCCAACCCUCAGACCUUAGCCCGAAUGCAUUGUUUGGCCUUCAUGCCAUCGGGAACAUCUUGGUUAUUUUCAAGUCCUUCUCCAAUCCAAUCAUAUUCGCCUUCAGACAAGCUAACAUCCGAAGAUCAGUUCAUCAAUUGGGCUGCUACAUGUUCUGCUGUCGACGAGUGAGCAAAGUCAAUUUAGCACGGACCAGUUCCCACACUCAUUCGUCAAAACGAUUCCUUCGCACCAGUAACCGCGAAUCCUCGUCCCGACAUCCAUCUAGUAAACGAUUCUCCUCGAAGUCGUGAGACUCAUUAAUCCAUCCAACAAGUGAUAAGGACCAAUUUGAUGAGCCAUAUUCAACGAGCCCAUUGAAACCUUGCUAAAAACACGAAUGUUCCCCCCAUGUUGUUGGCAAGUCAUGUUUGAUUGAAGUUAGUUAUAUUGGCAAUGCCUUGCUUAGGGACGCCGAGAGCGUUGCAUUUCGGCAAUUUGAUCAAAAAUAAAGUGGAACAUUAUCGUGCCUCCCCCUCAUCCA